AUGCGAGACGGCGGAUUAGGGAAGCUGCAGAAGAAGAUGAGGCGGUUUGGGGAUACUUUGAAUCCGGAAGAUGCGUAUCUGAGUUUGACGAGGGAGGAUAUGCAAACUCUCAAGAAUGACUGGCUUACGGAUAAUAUUAUUUCCUUCUGGGAGGAAUAUCUCGAGAGGGAGUUUCUCGUUCAGUACAAGACUUCGAAUAUCGUUCUUCUCCGGCCCAGCAUGUCGUUCAUGCUACUGCAGACGCCGAAUCCGCUUUCGCUGCGCGAAGCCUUGCCUGAUUUCUCGCGGACAACGCAUGUCUUUCUGCCCAUCAACGAUUGCCGGAAUGUCACCGAGGCGGAAGGGGGCACGCACUGGUCACUUCUUCUUAUAUCGAUUGUUGACGGGGUGGCGUUCCACUAUGACUCGCUGCCCCCCGGGAAUUACUGGGAGGCACGAACCGUGACCAUGAAAUUCGGGACGCUUCUCAAUCGCCAGAUCCGGUUUAUCCACCUGGAAGACUCGCCUGUGCAGGAGAACGGCAGCGACUGUGGGGUGUUUGUGUGCUUGAGCAUGCGCCAUCUCUUGCUUAAACGACUUUUGACGGCUAACGCGAGUGAGAAAGUCAGCAUGAGUCUGGGUGGGAGGAAAGUUGAUGCACGGGCUGGUAGAAAAGAGAUUGCAAAGAUCAUUGAUGGAUUCCGAAAGGAGGGCGAGAGACGUCGAUCGUAUGUGAACUCUACGUUAUUCCUGCUACAUAGCAUGAAGGCUCGAGAGUCAGUACUGACAGUCUACAAGGUCCAGUCUUAG